AUGAAAAUACUUUUGAAGAAAUUAGAUGGCUGGAGUAGUGAGGUUAUUGUUAAUGAACAUACCGAAACAGUCGUGCAACUUAAAAACACAGCUAUCAGAGCAUUGGGGAACACUCAACUUACAGUUGAUCAAAUUCAGCUGAUUUUUAAAGGGGAUAAAAUAGUCCAAGAAUAUGUUCGAGAUUGUGGGAUCGAAAAUGGGGACACGGUAAUGGUUGUCGUCAAAGAAAGAAGUUACAUUCGAAUUGUAGUCGACAUAGAUGGGGAAAGAAUUCAGCUACAUGUUGAACAAAGCGAAUCGGUAGAAAAUGUGAAGAAUAUGAUUCACGACAAGAAAGGCUUUCUUGUACAUGAGCAAGUUUUGAUGUUCAACGGCAUGGAAAUCGGAAACGGCAGACUAAGCCAUUUUCGUGUCUGCGAUGGCUCAACAGUCCAACUGUUUUUCAAAACGUUCAACAUCACAGUUAAAGAUUUGAACGGGAAAAGUCACGCUCUACAAGUGCGCUUAAGUGAAACUGUCGACGAUCUCAACUGCAAGAUAAAACAAAAGACAGGUGUCAUGCCAAACCAACAAACGUUGACGCAUGAAGGUCGCACCCUGCAAAGCCAACGCCUUCUUCGAGAAUACGGCAUUCAUGAAAAUUCCGUUGUACACUUGGUUGGCCGUCUGCGAGGUGGGUAG